GAAGAAGCGAAACAAGCUCCAUUACAUAUUAUAUAGCUAUAGCCCCGCCGCGGUAGCUCUUAUCUUUCUCAGAAAUGCUCGCGCACGCCGUGCAGCGCUCUUUGGGCAGGCUGCAGCGCCACUCCACUCGUAUCGCUCCCUUCAGGACAGGGCGACCAUCGUCCUCGAGGAUGGCGGCACGCGCUUCAAGUGCGGACCGGGUUGUGCACGUCGCACACAUUCUUUUACCGCUGGACCAGGAGCCAAAAGCCAAGGAGCUGGAGGAAAAGUUGGCGGGUGGUGCGGCUUUUGAGGAGCUGGCGCGCGAGCACUCAACCUGUGGCUCCGCCAAGAAGGGCGGCGAGCUGGGCUGGCUGUCUCGCGGGACGUUCUUCCCUCAGUUUGAGGCGGCGGCAUUUGCGGCGCCGGUGGGCGGCAUCACCCGCGCCACCACCGGACGCGGCCUGCAUGUGAUCAAGGUGCUAGCGGAGAAGUUCCAGGCCACCAUCCAGCAGAUGAACCCCGAGGAGCUGUACGAGAUGAUCCACAACCCUGCGCUGCUGGAGGACGUGCAGCUUGUGGACGUGCGUGAGGACUUCGAGUUCAGCACCAGCCGCAUCCCCGGCUUCAAGCUCAUGCCGCUGAGCCGCUUCAGCGAGUGGAGCGGCGACAUCACUGCGCGGCUGGACCCGAGCAAGGAGACAGUGGUGCUGUGCCAUCACGGCGUGCGGUCCAUGCAGAUGGCGCAGAGGCGGCGCCGCGGGCUUGCGCACGGGGUGCUUUAGAUGGAUGGCAGAGAUCCGGCUGUCUGACGCAGGAAUUGCGCGGGCAUGUGAACAGUUACA